AUGGCCGCCUCCCCAACCCACUCACUCACCUCAGAGGCCGGCGGGCCCUCGCUGUGGACCACAAUGGUGACCAAGGAAGAUCUCAGGGUCCUUUCUGAGAACCUACACGCAGCGAUCCGCAGGGAAGUAACCACACUCAAGGCAGACAUCACAGAACACUCUAACAGGAUACAGGCGGUUGAAACUACCUCGCAGGCCCUGACAGCACAAGUGGAAGCUGCAAACCUCGCCAUAACCAGGCAAGGUAAUAUGCUACUGGCUAUGAGGCACCAAACUGAGGACCUGGACAAUAGAGGACGGAGGUCCAACAUAAGAGUACAGGGCCUACCUGAACCUGACGGGGAGGAGGAAGUAGAGGCCACUCUGCAGGCCCUGCUCCGGAAAUACUGGGGACAGAGGCGCCGGCAUCCAUGGAAUUUGAUAGAGCACAUAGGGCUAAUAGAGCACGAGCGAUAG